AUGCACGACGAUGAGCCUUCGCUCAACAUCCCCUCGCUCUUGACAUUAGCAGUCGUUUCCUACUUCGUGCUCCGAUGGUUCUUCAACCGCGAUGAAGGUUCCAGCGGAGGCCGCCCCCGCCGUGGCAACGUUGUUGAUCCGGCCCAAGUGGAACAGAUCGCCCAGAUGUUCCCCCAGCUAAGCACUCGCGAUAUCAUGUGGGACUUGCAGCGCAAUGGUGGCAGUGUUGCGGCGACAACAGAACGAAUCCUAGCCGGGCGGGGCCUGGAAACGCCACCCCCGUCAUUCCAACCCCAGGUCGUAAUGCCCCGCGGGCAUGCCCCAGCCCCGGCUACGUCAACGGCCACAUCAUCAAAGGCGGAUGGACAGGACUUGAUCUCCCGAUAUAAUCUCAGCGCGAGACUCGGCGCUGAAAGCGCAGAGAACCAACCGCCCACCUCCCCAAGCGCUUGGUCGCAGAACAAAGAAGAGCGACAGCGUCUACUUCAAAAGCGCCGAGACGAGAUGAUCCUAGCCGCGCGAAGGAAGAUGAUGGAGAAGGGCAAGGGCCCAGCCCAAUGA